GUAACUUCCGGCAGAACUGACUUCCGAAGCAGACGCGGAAGUGCAAGGAGGCACCAGGAGCCGGGUUGGCUGCUGGGUUUCUGGCUCCGCUGUGCCCUUCAGGGACGUUCUGGGGCGGUCGGUUCCUUAGAAGCCCGCAUCCGCCAGCCCAGACCCGUACGAAGCCGGCGCUUGAGGCCGCUCUGAGUCCGAGGAGCUGAUGCAGGCCGCGCCCUGGAGCCCCCGUAGCGGGGCCGGACCAUGAGCCUGCUGGGCGGCCUGGCUUCCUCGCCGCGGGCCCCGCUGCAGUCCAGCAGGGCCAGGAUGAAAAAGCUCCCGAAGAAGAGCCAGAACGAGAAGUACCGGCUCAAGUACCUGCGGCUGCGCAAGGCGGCCAAAGCCACGGUGUUUGAAAAUGCUGCUAUUUGUGAUGAAAUUGCUCGUCUUGAGGAAAAAUUUCUUAAAGCAAAAGAAGAAAGACGGUACUUGCUAAAGAAGCUCCUCCAGCUUCAGGCUCUAACUGAAGGGGAAGUACAGGCUGCCGCUCCUUCCCACAGCUCCAGUUUGCCCCUGACCUAUGGUGUGGCCAGCUCUGUGGGAACUGUACAGGGAGCUGGGCCGAUUUCUGGGCCAAGCACUGGAGCUGAGGAACCAUUUGGGAAGAAAUCCAAGAAGGAGAAAAAAGAAAAAGGCAAAGAGAACAACAAAUUGGAAGUUCUGAAGAAAGCAUCCAAGAAAAAGAAAAUGGAGGGAGGUGCUCGCAAGCUGGUUCAGCCCAUUGCCCUGGAUCCCUCAGGACGGCCUGUGUUCCCCAUCGGACUGGGGGGUCUAACAGUAUAUAGCCUGGGGGAGAUCAUCACCGACCGACCUGGCUUUCAUGACGAGAGUGCCAUCUACCCUGUGGGCUACUGCAGUACUCGGAUAUAUGCCAGCAUGCAGCACCCAGACCAAGAGUGUCUGUACACCUGUCAGAUCAAGGACGGUGGCACGGGGCCCCAGUUUGAAAUUGUUCCUGAAGAUGACCCCCAGAAUGCCAUUGUCAGCUCUUCUGCAGAUGCCUGUCAUGCCGAACUGCUCAAGACCAUAAGUGCUGCUAUGGGGAAACUAAUGCCCAACAUGCUUCCAUCCGGAGCUGAUUUUUUUGGGUUUUCUCAUCCAACCAUCCACAACCUGAUCCAGAGUUGUCCAGGAGCUCGAAAAUGCGUCAGUUACCAGUGGGUGAAGUUUGACGUGUGCAAACCUGGAGAUGGGCCACCGCCCCAAAGGCAGCUGGAGGAUGACUCAGCAACAAGCUUUGAAGCCUUUCAGAGACAGACCUUCGAUGAAGAUCAUAAUGAUCCCAUUCUACAAGGAUCCUUGGACCUCCCGGAGCUUCAGCCUACAGCCUUUGUGUCUUCCUACCAACCCAUGUUCCUGACACAUGAACCAUUGAUAGAAACUCACCUACAACACUUGAAGUCUCCAUCGCAUUGUAGCCCAACUCAGUCUUCAGACUAAACAAGAAGGGAUCAGAUACCACAUCAUCUUUAACAUGAUCAGUUUUGUUAACUUAAAACUUAGACUAGAAGAAGGCAGCAACUCAGAGAAGAUAGUAAAUUAACACAUUGUGUCAAGGAGGUUCCCAUGGUGACAGCUUUCCUGAGAAAAAUUUCAGCUGCUUUAUUUUUAGUAAUAAAUUUCUCUUGAAAACUCUGCUUAUUUUCAUCUUGCAAUCAGGAUAUAAUCUUUUUGCUUAGCUCUGCCUGAGGUAGAGUGAACUUAGGUCCUUUAUAAACCGGAGAUAGUUGCUGACUCAUGAAGAAAGGAGUAAGAUUCUAACAUCCUUCUACCCUUGAUUCUGAUCGUAGUUCAGUGUUAAGUUUCCCAGACCUAACUACCAGCUGCUGCUGUAUUUUCCUGUCAGUGUCAUAGAAUCAAAUCCUGCUUAUCCCAGUCCAAGGCCCACACUGUUCAUCUUGUUCACAUUUCACACAUUCUUCCAGGGGAUCUAAAAACCCUAACGCUUUCUACAUCCCGUUUAUGGUUCCUUACUGGAUAAUGUGCUUUUAGCUAAAUACAUUGAAACUGCAGGAUAACACAGAUUUAGUUAGGACAUGAAUGGGGAUUGGUUCUCAUCCUCCAUAACAGACUCACCCCAUCAGCUCAUUAAAUCCACUGUAAUAACUUUGUAUUCUGUAUAACUGAAUUUUUUGGACCCUACUUAUGGCAUAAAGGUAGAGGCUUAGGGCAUCACCGAACGCCAACCAGUACAACCCCACACCCUGUGGAACGCCCUCACUGCCCAUCCCACCAGGUACCAGGGCUGGCUGGCAUGGGAAGGAACGGAAGUGUUACCGACCACAGUUCUUGGCCUUCCCAAUCAGUAGAAAUUGAUGAGGCCAGACGAGAAAGUCAAGCAAGGCCUCAUUCCAGGAGGGAGCUAUGGCAAGAGGGAGCAAAAACAGGUAACGGGUUCUUUUGCCCGAUUCCCCCAGGGGGGCAGGGGUUUGCUGGUUUCUCUAUAGGGGGAGGGGCAGGUCCAUGGGUGAGGCCACCCCUUUGGUGCUGGUUUGUGCUGGGGGAACAUGCAGUACCCUGCUUUUGCUCCCAGCUCUUCAGAAGUGGCACUUGGGGAUUUUUGAUCUUUUUGUAUCUUGUCUAUAACUUGCCCCAACUAGGCAUGCAUGCAGUUUUUAGUCCCUUAUAGUUUCUUUGUAUUUUGUUGUUCGAGGAGAUGUUUUUCCAGGUGCAGGCACUGCAACAAAGGGCCCCAGGUCCCAACCUGUCUCAGAAGGAUCCCAGAAGUAGAAAAAUGGGGAAGGAUUGGUAAGAACUGGACUGUUACUAUGUGACAGUCCAUAACUGCUAAACGGGGAGAAAUCGGAACUAGCACUUUACAGGAAUAUAUGUAGACAGCAGAGCAAGGGGAUCAGAUGCAGCAUUUAGAGCACACCAUAUUGGCCACUGUAAAUUAUCAGAAACUAAAGUAGCUAAUACUAAUUUUAUGACUCUUAAUUAUAGUCUUACAAGUUUGUAUAGCUUUUACCAUGCAAAUAAUUAAAUCUGGAUAAUAGCAAAUCAGGAAUGGGAAGGAGCUGUUAAUGUUUUUCUUUUGCCUUUUUUCUGUGCAUAAAAUGUCUGAAAUCUAUUUGCACUGAAAGAGAAAUAUAUACUGCUUUUAUCAUAUAACAAAUAUCCAUGCAGUUUACAGCCUGAGCAAAUCACAAAGUUUCAUUUUAAGAAAGAUUUUUUUAAGAAAUUUUUGGGGAAUUCCCUUGUGGCAAAGCAGGUUUAAGAUCCAGCAUUGUCACUGCAGCAGCCCAGGUAGCUGCUGCGGCAAGGCUUUGAUCCCUGGCUCAAGAACUUCCUUGUGCUAUGGGCAUGCCCCCCCCCUCCUUUUUUGUUAAAUAAGUUAGCGCACUGCCUACAAAAUAUAAAGCUACUUUGUAAAUUUCCCAGAACAGUGUUUUUCAAACUACAGAUCUCAUUAGUUUUUGUUUGUUUUUCUUUAGGGCCACACCCAGAGCACAUGGAAGUUCCCAGGCUAGGGGUUGAAUUUGGAGCUCCACUACAGCUACCAGCCUACACCACAGCCCCAGCACCUUGGGAUCUGAGCCACGUCUGUGACCUACACCACAGCCCACAGCAACAACCAGAUCCUUAAACCCACUGACCAAAGCCAGGGAUUAAACCCACAGCCUCGUGGAUCCUAGUUGGGCUUGUUUCUGCUGAGCUACAAAGGGAAUGCCAACCCUUUUUUUUUUCUUUGCUUUUUAGGGCCGUGCCUGUGGCAUAUGGAGGUUCCCACGCUAGGGGUCGAAUCAGCUACAGUUGCCAGCCUGCACCACAGCUCACAGCAACGCCGAAUCCUUAACCCACUGAGCAACGCCAGGGAUCAAACCCGAAACCUCAUGGUUCCUAGUUGGAUUCAUUUCUGCUGCCCCACGAUGGGAACUCUCCAACCCAUUAGUUCUUAAACUAGGUAAUCAAGACAUAUCUUUAGGACCCUAUGGAGUUGUACUUUAUGGUGUUUGCAUGUAACAGUUAACACUAUUCGCUUAAUAGUGAAAAACCCUAUAUGUUCACUAAUGGGAAGUUGGUUAAAGUAAGGGACUCCCAGAGACUGAAACAAACUAAAUCUAUACUCAAUCUAUAUACGAAAAUUAUUUUGCUAGAAAACAUCAAAAGCACAGAUUACAAAACAAGAUACCGUGUAAUAGUAUGUAAAAUGUGACCCAAAUAAAUCAAGUGACUGUUCACCAAAAUAUUGCUUCCAAA